AUGGGAAUUUUAAGAGUUCUUCCUAUGAACGAAGAAAAAAAUUUAACAUUAAUUAAACAAGUAUCUUUAAUUAGAGCCUUAAUUAAUUUCUUAUUAUCUAUUAUCCUUUGGGGUGAAUUUGAUUCAAGUGCAUUAGGUUACCAAUUUGUACAAGAAUUUAAUACAUUAAACUUCUGUCAUUUCCAUAUUGGAUUAGAUGGUAUUAGUCUAUAUUUUGUACUUCUUACAACAUUUAUCACACCUAUUUGUUUAGUGGCAAAUUGGGAUAACUUAAAAUUUGGAUAUAAAUAUUAUUUCAUUGCAUUCUUAUUAAUGGAAACACUAUUAAUUGGUGUAUUCGUAGUAUUAGAUUUAAUGUUAUUCUAUAUUUUCUUCGAAUCAGUAUUAAUCCCUAUGUUCUUAGUAGUAGGUAUUUGGGGUGGUUCAAUUACUCGAAUUCGGGCAUCUUUCUUAUUAUUCCUAUAUACAUUAGCAGGUUCACUAUUUAUGCUUCUAGCUAUUUUAGUAAUUUACUAUAACGUUGGAAGUACUGAUUUUACACUAAUUUCAUUAUCUAAUAUUAGCUUAGAUAGUCAAAAAAUCUUAUGGUUAGCAUUUUUCUUAUCAUUUGCCAUUAAAACACCAUUAAGACCUUUACAUAUGUGGUUACCUCGAGCUCACGCAGAAGCACCUCUUAGAGGAUCUAUCUUACUAGCCUCUGUUUUCUUAAAAUUAGCAGUGUAUGGUUAUCUACGAGUAUUAAUUAAUUUUAUGCCAGAUGCUACAAACUUCUUCUCUCCAUUAGUUCAAACUAUUGCUGUAGUAAGUUUAAUUUAUUCAUCAUUAGCUACAUUACGACAAUCAGAUUUCAAAGCAUUAGUAGCUUAUUCAUCUAUUAGCCACAUGGCUAUUGUUGUACUAGGAUUAUUCUCAAAUACUAUUGUAGGUAUUGAAGGGGCCCUUUUAUUAUCAAUUGCUCACGGAUUCAUCUCUCCUGCAUUAUUCACUCUUGUUGGAGGAGUUCUUUAUGAUCAAAGACAUACUCGAGUUAUUCGAUACUAUCGAGGUACUGUUAUUUACAUGCCUGUUUUCAGAUUAUUAUUCUUCUUAGCUACAAUUGCAAACAUGGGUAUUCCUUUAAGUUUAAAUUGGGCGGGAGAAUUCAUGUCAUUAGCUGGAACUUUCCAAAAAAACCCUGUAAUUGGUUUAUUAGGAGCCACAGGUAUUGUAUUAUCAGCAUCUUAUAGUAUUUUCUUAUUCAAUCGAAUUAGAUUCGGAUCAUAUUCACAAUAUUUACCUAAAUUAAAUGAUGUGUCACGACGAGAAUUUAUGGUAUUAUUUGCUUUAUUAUUACCUGCCUUCGUACUAGGUAUCUGUCCAAAUGUUAUUCUUAACGAUUUACAUAUGGCAGUAACAGAUUUAUUAUAUACAUUAUAA